UACUGACCUGAAGGAUAGAAUGAAGAAAUUGACAAAUAUUCUCGAAAAGACACAAAUCGAAAACGAGCAGCAAUUGUCUAAAAUCAGCACGGAAAAAGAAAACGCUGUUGACCAUAUAAAUGAAUUUCUCCAGCACUUCAGAUAUCAUUUACUACAAAUUGAAAAUAAUCUGAACACAAAAUACGAAAAAAUAGAAAAACAAAGUAAAGAAAAUGCAGAACAGUUCAUUUACUUGAGGAAAAAUCUACAAGAAAAUAUGGACUGGUUAUGUAUGUUAGAAGAUAAUUCUUCAGAAAGCAAUAUAUUCCAUGCAGUACUGGGCUGUUUCUGCUCUUUGGUCGGAUUGUUGUCUCUUUAGUGCAUUCCCAAUUUCGAUUAUCUAAUACAUUAUAAUUCCUAUAGCUAUGUUGUAAUAUCAAUCCUAUCAAAAUGCUCUAUAUUAUCAUAUUUAAUACAUUUAGAUUAUAAAAUUGUGAAAAGUUAUUAUCUGCCAGUAUUUAAGUAUGUCUUAUCUUGCUGGAUCUUUUAUAUACUAGUUAUAGUAUGUAUGAUUUGGUUGAGUAGGAUAUGUCUUCCAUUCCAGAGCACCUGAGAUCACCCCCAUUUUUGGAGGAGUUCGUGUUACUGAAUCUUCAGUUUUCUAUGUAGUGUUUUGUAGACUUAUUUGUCUUUUCGUCGUCUUUUCGAUUAUUUUUGUCAUGGCGUUGUCAAUUUCUCUUCGACUUUUUAGUUUUGAGUGUCCUCUUGUUAUAUAUUGCCUGUUAAUUUGGGUAUAACUUUAAAAAAUACUUUAAACAACUGAACUCUCAUUCAUCGUGUUAAACAUGCCAAGGUCUCACAAGCAGAUUUAAUGACUAUUUAAAGCUUACAUUAGUCCUCAUUUGAUGUUAACAAAGGCAUAACAAUACCAUGAUCUGAUCAUUUUAUUUUGAUAAUGCAACGAUUUAGAGUCGGGCAUUAUAUUUUUUUGUUUAAUAUUUUUGUAAGCUGGGUAUUUCUAGAUAUACAAAGUUAAUGCAUUGGAUUAUAUGGACCUUGAACAUAAUAGAUUCUCCAUUCAUUGUGACGUGACAUACGGUAGAUUUCAAAUAAAUGAAACUUGAAAAUAAUCAAAUGUUAUAAAAUAUAUAACAUUAUGUGUCGAAAAUGAUAGAUAAAACGCUGUAAAUUUGAAUAUUGAGCAACAAUAAUCAAGCCAAAAACUAGAGAUGAGCCAAGAUUAUCCAGAAGUUUAAGCAACUCCUGCUUCUAAAAUAGCUCGAAUGGUUUUCAUUAUGACAAACAAGAGAAAAGGAAACAGUUUUAUUUUCCCAACAAAUCAAACGUAUCCGUUGACAAUAGAUAAAAAAAAAUUAUGUUCAUCUAUUUAUGUUGCUUAUACUUGACGAAUAUGCUGACCCACUAAAUCUAUCUUUGACUUGUUUUGCAAAUGUUUACAUUAUCAAAUCUAUUAAACAGAUCAUAUCUUAUAUCAUAUCGUGCUCAAGUAAUAGGCACCAAUCACCCUAUAGAAAAAUAAUAUACAAAUUUGCUUACAGAGGUAAAUGCAGGUCUUGAUUGAUUGAUUGAUUGUUGGUUGCUUAACGUCCAGUGGCAAAUAUUUCAUGCAUAUUCAGGACGAGAACAAAUUAACAAUAAAUACAAUAGGUAGGUCCUGUAAUAGAGGCCGUCCGGGAUAAGGUCGGGGAAAUUUGGACUGCCACGGGAAAAUGAGGGUAAAUUGGAUAAGGACAGAAAUUUAGCCUUCCAACAGGCCACCUACGGACCACUCAAAGAGUUGAUGCAAGGGUUCUUAACGUGCAAAGAACGUUACACUCUCUUUACACGAGGCAUCGGAUUUAACGUCCCCAUUCUGACCGGACGUGACUGCGAACUUGUACAUCCCGCACAGCCAAACGGACGCCCCACUUUAGCGAGGGUUUUACCGCCGGUCGGAGGAAGACCAAUGGUGACCAUAUUUCUAUUCCCAGUCACCCCUGGGGGUUGCAGGUCUUGAAAAGAAAACUAUAAUAUCACUGUAGCAUUCCGAAUUAUAAGUGAGAUGACCGUGAGGAAAUCCAAAGUUAUGCUAUCCAAAGACAUCAAACAUUUUUUUAGUUAUAUCUUUUCGUUAAGAGCAGGGAAAGUUGAGACUGUUUUUCCGAGUUGGUAUUCUAAAACAGCUUUACAGCAUGCAUACGCUGACGCUAUCGUGUGCAAAAUCGCGUAACGUUCUUUAUCUCUUCGUUCAUAUUAGUGUUAUCGUGACUAUUUCCAUAUGGAGUAUUUGAGAGGUUUUAUACAACAAUUUACCAAAAAAUACGAAACGUAUUUUAAGUAUAAUUAAUCAGUGACUACUAUAGCCAAUCAGGGGCAUUCAUUAGAAAAUCAAUUUUAUGGAAAGAAGGGUACAAUGUCCUAACAGGAAACCGAAUAUUCAAGUAUCAUUUUGGUAUGCGAUGCUCGGUACUAUGUAUAACGAGCGAUACUCGAGUAUUCGAGUACUCGUUGACAUCCCUAUUUGUUUAAACAUCAAAAUGUUUUGUGGUGACAAAACUUAUGAGUAAAAAAUCAGGAAUAUCUUUGUCACUUAUGUGUUGACAUAAAUUAUCAUUGGUAUGGUAAUAUGAGUUUUUUUAUGUACGCGGUGUGUAUGCAUGCCAUGCGACCAUAUUUUUUUUAUUUUUUAAUCGUUAAAAGGCUUUAUACUUUUAAUUCGAAAUCCAGUUUUCAAGAGUUAUUUUAAAUUAUGACUGGAAGUAUUAUUUUAAGAACUUAUAUUUAUUUAUUUAUAACGAUAUCACAAUAGAUUUCCCCAAUAUAAAGAAAAAUAUUGUCUACAAAAAAUGUUUAUGAUAUCACGAUGGUUUCAAACAGGAAAGCAAUUUCAGAUUUCUUUAAAUAUUAAACCACACAUUACAACAAAUAUACGACCACGGACAACAAUAUAGAAAUAAUGUUUUAUUCAAAGCAGAAUGAUGCAUUUAUCGGAAACCAUGUUCUUUUUCACCUUUCGUUUUCUCAUCCUGACUUAUCACAUAUAACAUUAUAAAAACUUAACAUCAUAUUUGUGAAUGCGGUAAUGAUAGGGUGGGUAUAGGUUUCCAGUUGUUUUUUUUCCAACUAAUUUUCAAAGCUACUUCUUUAUAAACGCUUUAAUACAAUACAUUCCAUAGAGGGUUCAGAGAGUUAAAUUAAUGAGUUUUCUUAUCAUUUAGGUUGAAAUCCUCGAGAGGUGUUGGAAUAUAUUUUACGCAUGUUCACGAUUUUUUUUUAUUUCUAUGCUUUUUCAGAUGAAUCAAACUGGUUCAUAUAUUAUUGUAUUGAUUAGCCGAUUGAAAAAAAAAACUUCACAUUUGUUGAUGUUUUAAAACCAAAUUCGGUCUAUGUUGGCAUUAGAAGCUAUUUUAAAAACAUUAAAACAGGUUAGUUUGGGUCAGUAAAUGUAGUGUAUGAUAUACAUUGUCUCGAAGUAACAAUUUUGUAUGAAUGUCAUUUAACUUUGGUUCGAAGAUCUGCAUGUACCGGGAUCUUGAAUAGAAAAACCCUUUACUAUUCUUAUACUGUUCAUACAAAGUAUUAAGUACAUAAUUAUCUUAAAUCAGAUGAAACGAAACAAUAUAUUCUAAUUGUCAGAUAUAAAUGUAUAGUCUAUACAUCAAUAAAAUAUUUUUUCGUGUGAAAUAUUAUAGUCAUUGUUGUGGUGUUAAGUAUAUACUUGACAAUGAAAUAAAACAAAUUAUGAAAACAUGGAGAUGGUAAACUUGAUAUGGAUUUAGAAAAGGAAUAAAAAAAGAAAGUAUUUCGCGAGAUAGUUAUGGCUGGUUUUGAGCUAUGCCAAUGUUGUCUUAGAGAAAAUGAAGAAGAAGUAGCGGCCCUUUGGUGUAAUGAUUGUAGUGAAGUUGUUUGUCGAAGUUGCGGUAAAGCACACAGACGAUUUGUGGUUGCACAUGAUGUCAUUUCGAUAAAAGAUGCUCCCUCUUUUAGAAAAAAUAUACCUAAAAGCUGUUGUUCACAUCUGAAUAAAAAACUUAUUCUGUUUUGUGUAGGACAUGAUGAAUUAAUUUGUCACGAAUGUUUAUCGGAAAACCAUAGAAAAUGCAAUAAAAUAGUGGAAAUAGGAAAGGCUGCAGAGGGCGUAAAAGACAGCGCUGCAAUUACUGACCUGAAAGAAAGAAUGACGAAAUUCACAAAUAUUCUCGAAAAGACACAAAUCGAAAAUGAGCAGCAAUUGUCCAAAAUAAGAACAGAAAAAGAGGUAGCAAAUAACCAUUUAAAGGAAUUUCUCAAGUGCUUUAAAGAGCACUUAAUGCAAAUUGAAAACAACCUCAACCAAGAGUACGAAAAAAUAGUAGUACAAAAUGCAGAUAAUAGCGAACAGUUGAAGUACUUAAAACAAAGCCUGCAAGAAAAUAAGGACUGGUUAUGUAUGCUAGAAAGUAGUUCCUCUGAAAGCAAUAUAUUCCAUGCAGUAAAGUAUCUUGAUACCAUACAAAUCACAAGUGAAAAUCAGAUCAGUCAGAUAAAAAGAGACUUGAUAACAAUACCAUUGGACGUUUUGCCUCCUGAAGAUACGAAAAACAUCGAUAAACUUUUCGAAAAAAUGAACGAGAAAGCGACACCCAAUACUAUCCCUGUCACCACCGUUUCGGACAAUGCAUGCAAACAAUCACAAAUGAACGUUGAAAGACCUAGUCAGCGUCCUCCUCCUCCGUAUCAGGAGCUCAAAGCCGGCAAUAACUCUACAUUAGGUGCCUUUUGUUUCACUGAAGACGGCCAUAUCGUUGUUGAGGCAUGUGUUCCUUCUGAAAUUUCAAGAAAUCUAAGAAUCCAUUGUCUUCGAAUAUUUGAUUUGCAUACCUGUAAGUCUAGCCAGAUAAAAUUAUCAGAAACAACCCAAGAUAUCAACUUCAAUGCGGGUUCAAUUUCCAUGUAUGAUAACUUUGCCCUACUGGUGUCAAAAAUGAGAGAUAAUGCGAUCACGGUAAUUGAUAUGAAACUUCAAAGAGUGUGCAGAACGAUUUCACUGCAGCAUCCAAAGUAUUUAUUUCAUGUUAUAAAAAUAAAUUGGAUAUCUUGCAAAGGUGAUAACAUAUUUCUAUUUGCGGAGGCUAACCUUGGUAUAUGGUUAUUUUCCAUUGAAUUCAAUGGUACGAUUUUAUCUGAAUUUAGGCUUCCAGACUCCAUUAUUGAUUUAGAUUUUGACGGUUGGAAAAGGUUUUUUUACACAGACAAUAGUGUCAAUGACAUUCACUACAUUUCAAAUGAAAGAGGAUGGAAUACAUCAAAGUGUUAUUCAAGUCUUGAUUUAACGGUAGGUUGUAGCGUUCUGCAUAUUGCCGGUGACGAACUAUUAUUGCUUGAAAAAAGCACAAAUACGGUUUAUAAACUAAAUAUAACAACUCAACGUAGAUCAAUUUUGAUUCAACGUGAUAUUGUUAAUCCGGCUCAUUUCAACUUGAGCUUGAAGUUUAAAAAGUUUGCCAUAACGAUGGAUAACGGAAAACGUAUAAGGAUUUUUCCAUUUUGAAUUUAUACUAUUUUGACGAUUAUUUGUUCCUGUAAUUAUAGCUUGAAAAACAAUU